AUGUCUCAAAGAGAAGCUGUUCGAGUUUAUGGCAUUAAAAAGCAAACUUUGCAGUCCCGAAUAAAACAGAUAUUAAGAACUAUGAACGUCGAAGAGUAUUUGCAAAGAACUGAUGAUGAUGGCUAUGAGAGUGAAUCGGAUUUGCAAGAGAAGGGUAAAUACGCUACUAGAAAAGUUUUUUCGACAACGCAAGAAGAAAAGCUGGUAAAUUAUUUGAAGCAAUGCUCAAAUAUGAAUUAUGGCUUAACUUAUGAGCAAGUAAGGGUCAUGGUUUAUAACUACGCAAGAAUUCUGCCAAGUUGCAAAUACCCAAAAAACUGGAAUACCCAUAAGAAAGCAGGAGUUGACUGGCUGUAUGGUUUUAUGAGGCGAAAUCGCACGUUGUCGUUACGAAAACCAGAGAGUACAAGUUUGGCAAGAGGAUUGGGUUUUAAUAGGAACCGAGUAAAUGAAUUUUUUAAUAAUUACAAGAACGUGUUAGAAAAACACAAAUUUACACCUGAACGAAUUUUUAACCUAGAUGAGACCGGUGUGAUUACGGUAUUGAACCCACCAAAGGUCAUAGCUACAAAAGGGAAAAAACAAAUUGGUCUUAUUGCUUCGGCCGAGAGAGGAGAAUUAGUAACUGUAGUAGGAAUUAUCAACGCAACAGGAACUGCACUUCCUCCUGUAUACAUUUUCCCGAGAGUGAGAAAUAUAGAAGAGUAUCUGGAACGUAGUCCUGCAUUAAGUGCCGCUUUUGGAAAUAAAUCAGGAUGGAUGACCGGGGAAUUGUUUGUGAAGACACUAGAACACAUUGUAAAACAUACAAAAUGCAACAGAGAAAAUAAAAUUCUCCUUCUUAUGGAUAAUCACGAAUCCCAUACAACUUUGGAUGCGAUACUUUAUGCAAGGGAAAAUGGAGUAGUUCUUCUUUCAUUUCCACCGCAUACAUCGCAUAAACUCCAACCACUCGAUAUUGGAGUUUUUGGGCCGUUUAAAAGCAAAUGUUCAGUUUCUUUAAACGAAUGGUUGUCAAGUAAUCCUGGAAAAACAGUCACCGUUAAACUUAUACUAAAACUCACUAAAAUCCCAUUUUUAGAAGCAUUUAUACCACGUAACAUAACCAGUUCUUUUGAAAAACCAGGAAUAUGGCCAGUUAACUCCUUAGUUUUUACAGACCAAGAUUUCGAAGCCACUUUGGUAUUUAAUGACAACGACCCUACCGGAAAUCCGUUAGCUGAGAAACAGGAUGGAGGAACCGAAAAUGACCUUAUUGAACGAGAAGAUUUUAGAAACCAACCGUCUACCUCUAAAGAAGCCGUGAUAUUGCCUGUUCUUGAUGAAGUCGCAAGUGAGAGUUCUGUAAAAACUAAUGCAGGAAUCGAAAUGUUAACUCCUGAAUUGGUUCGACCCCUCCCAAAAGUUUUUAGACCCAAAACUAUACCAAGAAAGCCUAAAGCUAAUCAGGGGAAGUCAAGAAUUUACACUGAAACACCCGAGAAAAAGAGAAUAGAGGAAAUAGAAGAAAACAAGAAAACAAAGCAAAAGAAUAGAAUUGAAAAAGAAAAGGGAAAGUUGAAGAGACCUUACACAGAUAAUGAAUCAGUCAAAAAUAAAAAAAUAAAACAGGUCAAAAAGAAGGUAUUUUCAAGCUCUAGUAGUGAAUCAUCGGGGUCUGGUUUGGACUAUGAUAGUGAGACAGAGGAAAACCUAAGUUUCGGAUCACUACAAGAGAAAGACAAAAUAGAAUUAAAUAACUUUAUUUUAGUAAAAUUUUCAGUGAAAAAUACCACAAUACAUUAUAUUGGUUGUGUGCAAAAUAUUAUUUCAGAUAAUACAUACCAGGUGAAGUAUCUUAGACGCAGAGCAAACACCAAUAAAUUCCAUUUUCCCCAAGUGGAUGAUAUAGAAAUGUGUACACGAAAUGAUGUGUAUGCCAUAUUGACAAAUCCUAUUAAGUCCAGAAGAGAUUCUAGUUUAACUUUUUCUUAUAAUUUUGAUAAUAUUAAUGUAAAAUAG